AUGGAUGCUGUGGUGGUUGAGAACUGGCUGCGAAACGCCAUACUCCACAUGGAGACGAUCGCCGGUGGUCGUCCCGUCGCACUGAUUAUGGAUAACGCUCCAUACCAUAGCCGACAAAAGGAGAAGCCUAUCAUUGCCAUCGGAAUUGGAAACAGAGGUAAUAGAAAAUUAUUGCAGCAAGAUGUCAAAAUUCGUAUCGGAGAAGACCAUCUAAUUUUGGCUGUCAGGGGACCUAAGUUCCCUCACCCCUGCAAGGUGGGAAAUGGCGGCACCUUGGAGCUGGCAGGACCCACUAACUGUCAACUUUUUCUUGGUUGGGGUAGAAUAUCUAGGCACGUUGCUGGCCAGGAGGACGCAGCGAGCGCUGUGGAUCUAGCCAGCAACAACAUUAACAGAGACCUCCCACCGUUAGACGAGUCUUUCUCCGAUGAGGAAGUCUUAGUUGAAAUAGACGACGUAAUGGAAGAUCUCUCAGACUUCAUCAAAUGA